UUUGUUUCUUUUUUCUACAUGUGAGACUUUCCAUAGGGUGCAUAGGUGACAAUGAAAUAUGCAGGUCAAGAGCAAUGUCUGUACUCCCAAAUAUGCUAUGUAACUGGAGAGAGAUUGAUUGGAACUGAGAGGCUAACCUGAGGUGAUCCAUAGACUCCCAGAUAGUGUAGAUACUCUAGGAAAACCAUGAGCAUGUUUACAAUUUCCUAUGAUUUUAUGACCUCAAAAGGAAUCCUUGUGUCAAACAAGCCUAAGUGCAGAGUGUGUGUCCCCUUAACAGAUUUCUGAAAACAGUGAAGGCCAGUGGCACUUAGCAGAUUAGAUUUGCUAAACUGAGUGUUUCCUUUUAGGGUUUUCAAGUGAUAAUUCAGUGUGCGUGGGUUCUUUUGUACAUACUGAGCUCCUUCUUGGGAGGUCAUGUCAUUUCUGCCUUCCCCCCUUCUUCCUUGCCAUACUCCUUAAUCUCCCACUGCACUGAACUCUGAAAUGGAAAUGCCCAGAGGUUGGGUAUCUAACAUGUGUUGUGGUGACAACGGAGAGAAGAACCCGGGUCUAGACAGAAGUGAAAAGGGAGUCAGAGACCUGUAGGGUAGUUUGGCAAAGUGGACAGAGUUUGGAUCAGUAGCAGCAGAGACCAUCUCCUCUAGAACUCUAGGACAGGUGCACACACCAGUCUGACAGUUACAAGUGUUUUCCUUCAAACUGGUUGCCAGGUUGGAAUGAGUGAUGACAUCAGAGGCUUCCAACCUUCCUGAUUGGAAGGGACAGACUCUGUGGACCACUGGCAGUGCAGUGGGCAACAGUUUGUUCUCAGCACUGUUCUUUACCUGAUUUCUCCUGUUUGGAGAAGAGCAAACAGACUCCUAUUCAACCAAAUUCUGGAAGAAAGAUUUACCUUAAUAAGAACCUAGGUUUUGUAGAAGGAAGACAGAGUAUUGGAGAACUUAUGGCAGAUCAAGAAAUCUCCCAGUCUGGGCAAUCGCCUUCCCAGCCGAGCACCUCAGGAACCCACCUGGAGGUGGUGGUAGAUGAUGAGGUCCCAGGUCCAUCAGCUCUGUGGGUAAAACCCUGCCUCCCAUGUCGGAAGAGGGAGUGGACCUCAGAAUCUGAGGGAGACUCGGAGGAUGACCCCCCGGGGAUUUUUGAUUCUGCACUCUGGGUAGAAUCUGGACUCCUGCCUGAGACCACUGGCAUAAAGAGAAAGAGAGAGUCCUCCACUGAAUCUGAGGAUGAGCUGGAGGAUCUGGAAAGUGGGCUAAAUCACCCCUGGGAUGUGGAGUCACUGUGUGGCCUCAAAAUGAAACUCAAAAAACGGCGCAUGAACUUGGUGCAACCAGAACACCAUGAGGUUUUCAACAGGCUUCUAGAGGAUCCUGUUGUCAAAAGAUUCCUGGCCUGGGACAAGAAUCUGAGAGUGUCUGACAAGUACCUCCUGGCUAUGGUCAUAGCUUAUUUUAGCCGAGCUGGCCUCUUCUCCUGGCAGUACCAGAGAAUCCACUUCUUUCUGGCCCUCUACCUGGCCAAUGACAUGGAGGAGGACAACCAGGCUCCUAAACAAGACAUCUUUCGUUUCCUCUAUGGGAAGAGCUACGCCCAGCGUCCCCUGUUCCACAAACUGCGCUAUCAGUUCAUCUGCUCCAUGGGCUGGAACACUCGGGUUUCCAAGGAGGAGUGUGAGGAGAUUCAAGCUUAUGAUCCGGAGCUCUGGGUGUGGGGCCGAGAUCGCACCCUCCUUGCCUAGAAGUCCUGGAACUGUGGAGGCCUGAGGGGAGGGACAAAACUCUGCAUCCCUGGCUUGAUGACAGAUAGAGUCAGUGAUUUUCUAUUUAGGAUGCUCAAGGACGUAAUUUCUUGAUCCAGUCCUGUCCACCUCCACCCACAGCCACCCUCUGCAGAUGGUGAAACAGCCUGAAUCUCCAAGUCAGCUUCAUGGUCUCAAUCUCCAACCACACAGAUAACUGUGUGCUCUGAGAUGCUGGGUGCUCUGAGGUUGGUCAGCUAGACCUGAGAGAACAGUUUAUCACUCAGGAUGUGCUAGAAAUCCUUAACGCACAGCAACUGGGCCCACAUGUCAGCUUUGAUGAAUGGUUGAUCUUGGUCUAAAGUUAAUAUCCUUUAGCCAUUAAUUUCUCUCUCCCCCCCUGUAAAUUCUCUUUUUACCUCUCCUUUUAAUUCAUCUUGGGUCACAUAUCCCUUAAAGAUACCAAGCAUGGAGAUGAUUUAUUUAUACGAUUGUCACAGUUUUAGUACAUGUGAUAAAUGUUAUUUAUUUUGAACACUGUUUAUUUUACAUAGUUCUGAGAUAGACAUUGUUUGGAAAAUUGUUUUUCCUUAUUAGUUUUUUAAUGAGUGUUAUAACAUGUUUGUGUUCAUAUAUAUAUUUCUCUGAGGUUUUUAUUCUUUUUAUCUAUUUUAUCUUAUUACUUUUAUACCUCAGUGGUAUUAACCCAUAAUCUAAUAAAUAUAACAUUUUAAUUUGAUGUUCUAUCAUCAUUAUGGUGAAUAUCAAGCUGCUGUUAUUUAACUUUUCUUUAAAUGUUUUUCUGUAGUGUAUAUUGUUAGAGAGCACAUGUGUUAUGUGCUUGUGAAGAGUAUAGCACAGUGCAUUUGUGAGGAAACUGAAUAAAGUUGAAAAUCUUCUUA